AUGGCAAGCGAUCAUUUCAAGUGGAACGAAGAUGACGCCCGCACAAAGUUCGCAGAGGCUCUCUCGGCUAUGUAUGCGCAAGAGGUGCCACUAUACCAGGACCUAGUGAGCAUCGUCAGAGAUGUGGAUCAAUCAGUACUAGCAAGCUCAAAACACCCAGUCCAGCACAUUGAACCAAGGCAUCAGAUCGAGAGGCACGGCGCCAUCAGACUGGGCACAGAGCAAGAAUUACGUAGCAUUUCACGACUCUUUGCACUUUUUGGAAUGCACCCAGUCGGAUACUAUGACCUGACCGCGGUCGGCUUCCCUCUCCACGCCACAGCUUUCCGGCCAAUAUCAGAGGAGUCUUUGGCGCAUAACCCCUUCAGGGUCUUCACCACACUCUUGCGUCUAGACAUGGUCCCCGAGGCUUUGCGUCGGAAAGCAGAGAAUGUGCUCCAGCAGCGUCGUCUCUUCAGUCCUCGCCUACUGCAGCUCAUCGAUCGAGCCGAGACCGGCUCGCUCACCACCAACAAGGGAUUCGCAGAGUUGCUCGAAGAAGCCUUACAUAUCUUCCGAUGGCAGUCCCGAUCAACGGUGACUUACGACGAGUACCGGGCACUCAAAAGCGAACACCCCAUCAUCGCCGACAUCGUCUGCUUCCCAAGCGCUCACAUCAAUCAUCUCACACCCAGGACUCUCGACAUCGAUGCCGUGCAGAGCGAGAUGGUCCAGCGUGGCUUACCCGCCAAAGAGAGGAUAGAGGGCCCCCCUGUGCGCACCUGUCCGAUCCUGCUCCGACAGACGAGUUUCAAGGCGUUGGACGAGCGUGUCGUGUUUGAAUCAACCGCAGCGGCAGGGGUCACUGGCACGCACACCGCGAGAUUCGGUGAGGUCGAGCAGCGUGGCGCAGCACUGACACGCAAGGGUCGCAAAUUGUACGAUCAGCUGUUGGCACAAGCGACGCAGGAGGCAGAGACCUCGGGUACUUGCUUUGACGCUGCAGUUCACAGCGCUUUCAAGGCCUUUCCGGAUACCUGGUCGCAGCUUCGCGAGCAAGGGUUGAUUUUCGUGCGGUACAAGGUUGCUACAUCAGGUGCUCGGGCCGCGUCGAACAAGUUUCCGUCGGGGGAGUGUCUGGAGAUCGACGACCUGCUGGCAAGCAAGCUGGUCGAGUUCGAGCCACUGACCUACGAAGACUUUCUGCCCUUGUCGGCAGCGGGCAUCUUCCGCUCAAAUCUGACCGGCGUAGCGAUCAAUUCUCAGCAGCAGGUGGACGAUGACCACCGAAGGGAGUUCGAGCUUGCUCUUGGUCGGCAACCCUUGGAUGAAUUCGGACUCUAUGCUGCGCUCCAGCAGGAGAGUAUCGAUAGGUGUGCGGAGGCUUUGGGUGUGGCGGGGAUUGUUGCAUAA